AUGUCGUCAGGCUAAAAGUAGCCGUCACGCUCAGCGGCCGAGUGUUUACAGCCCAAAUAUACUCACUUUAGAGCAGCAGAAAUCCAUCCUGUUAAACUGAAUUACACAAAAUGACUACUAAAAAGAAGCGAACGCCUAUUGUGAAUAAUGACAGCUGGGUUGUCAUUGCCGCAGACUCUGCCAUCGACACACAGAAGCCCGACAGUGACCCAGCUUUUGUGAGACUGAGAAAUCCCUUUACAGAUGCGGCAUCUCUAUAUAUGCUCAGUAGUGGCGAUGUUCAGCUGUUUGAGGUCAAAGCAUUUGAGGAAGAUUUCCACUCCUGGUUUGUUGGACAGAUAGUACAGAGAGAUGGGAGACUUCUCUUUGUGACACCAAUGGAUCCUCUCUAUCUAAUUUUGCCUUAUUUGAUUAAAUCUGGCAAAGAGGGGAAGUUCCAGCCUGUGGAUCAGGUUGUUAUGGAUGAAGAAUUCCCAGCUUGCUCAAGGCUGCUGAGCUGCAAACGUUCCCUGGCCUCCCUGCACCACAUUGCAGAGGAAAAAGAGGUGGGAGCAGUAAAGUUCCAUCGAUACAGUCAAGAGAAGACGAUGAAUUGGCUAAAGAAAAAGGUGGAGAAGACUGCCACUGUGCUGAAAGCGAGGAAUAUCUCCGUGGGAGAAGGCGUCAAAUCCACAACAUACGUCAGAGUGAAGUCAGAGUCGCAUUACUGCGAGGAGGACUAUCUGCGCUAUGCUCACGGGCUGAUAUCAGAGUACAUCAGUGAAGACCUCAGCAAAGCUCUCCUCAAACACCUUCAGUUACCAGAGCUCAAAAGCCCAACCGAGACAGAACCCCCCUCCAAGAAGCGGAAACUUUCAGACAAACCGGUGGAGGCCGGAGAGGACUACACCAAAUUCAACAGUGCAGACUUUGCGCGGAAACCACCCAAGAAGAUGACUGCUGCUCAGAAAUCUCUCGCUAAAGUGGACAAGACUGGCAUGAAGACGAUGUCGUCCUUCUUCAGCCCCAAGGUCAAAAAAGAAAAUCAGUGAAUGUUGUAUAGUUUCUGGUUUUGUAUAUGAAACAUUUGUAAUAAAGAAAAGAAAAUGUG